AAACUACAUCUAACUCCUAACUGCGAACAAGAUUAUUUUUAUUCCCACUGGCUGUGACGACCAUUACAUACUAGAACGUCUUUUGUUAUUAGGGAGAAAAAAUGGAGAAAAAGAUAAUGGGGCUACGUUGCAUUGUUCCUGUUGCCGUGGCGACGUGUUUGAAAAACAAAUGAAACAUUGCGUUAGUUGCUAAACCAAAGAAGCUGGAUCUUGGGAGCAGCAGAAAUUUCAUUUUACAUAUUGCAUUUAGUUUGCCAUGAAAGAGAUUUGAGACUCUAACAACUUUCCAAGGACAAGAUGUUGAAGGCAGAAUCUGUGAGUACGCUGAGUAACGACGAUGAUGAGAUGGACGAUUUGGACGGAUCAAUAAUUUGGUCCCAGGAUGAUCCAGUGUCCGCUAACGAAAUGAUGGAAAUUGAAGAAAGUAUUGGUCCUGGAGGAGAUAGCGCUAAUUUACUGUGCAGAUUGUGCGCAGGCAGAGCUAUCGAUCCUAUAUACAUAUACUCGGAAAUUGGGGAAUCGAUGAAAUUGGCACACAAAAUAAACACCUGCCUUAGCAUAAAGAUUCGUAGGACUGAUCCGCUGCCUAAGCAAGUGUGCCUGGAUUGCGCGGAGAAGAUAAUGUACUGCAACGACUUUGACACUCAAUGCAUAAGAGCGGAGGAAACAUUGUUGACGAUGUUGCGAGAGAAGCAGCGUUUUGAAAUCCCAGAAUUAAUAACGAAUGAGAUAUUGUGCGACGAGAAGUCGUGCCCGCUGUGCUUGGAUGGACGGAUGACAACAGGACCACCUAACCGGACAGAUCCAAUAUCUGCGGAAUUGUACGACAGCGACGUCGUGCUGGACAGCAGCGAUGAGGAGAGAGCGUACGAGGAACUGAAGGCGGACAGGGAAUCGGGCGGAACUUCCAUAAUGCUUCAGUGUCUGGGUAACAGGCAGCAGUACCUCAAGUGUGGAGCCUGCAUGAAUUUGUAUCACACAAAAGAAACCCUCGACAGCCACAAGUGCAAGCCAAACGUCCAGAGCACCUCGAAACCGUACAAAUGUGCGAUCUGCUCUGUUACAUUUACUUUCGAAGAGAGACUCAAUUUCCACAUGAGAUUUCACGCCGGGGCCAAAGCUCUCUAUUGCGAGAUUUGUAAAAUCACAUUUGGCAAGGAGUUGAAGUUGUUCUAUCACUACAAGAGGUACCACUGCGAGGCGACGACUGUAUCCUGCCUGCAGUGCGGUAAACUAUUCGAAAACCAAUCAGAGCUAAGAGAGCAUGUUUGCGUAGAUGGGAAGACCAGGCCCCACGUGUGCGAGGUUUGUAACAAGGGAUUCUCGGAUGGCUACACCUUGAAACGCCACGUUGUGACGCACCUACCUGAAAAACCGUACAAAUGCGGACAGUGCGCGAAAAGUUUUACGCAGAAGUCCAGGCUGAACAAACAUAUAGCGGGACACGGCGUUGUCAUCGAGGAGUCACAGACCACUUGGAAGUGCGUUCAAUGUGGGGAGGUAUUCGGCACCUGUGACGACGCUGAUAAUCACUACAAAACGCACGACGACAAAAUAACUCUGAUCGAGGAGCUGGCCGCAUCAAAAAUGUACCACUGCGAAUUCUGCAACAGCUUUUUUACCGACUUGGACAAUCUAAAAACGCACCAGAAUUUACAUUCAGUGGAGAAACCGUACAACUGCAACCAGUGCAUGACUGUUUACAAGUCGUACGCCGAAGCGGUUCUACAUUGGAAGGAACAUCCGAGGAUCUUCAAAGUAGCGAUCGCCUUCUCGUGCGAUAUUUGCAGUAAGGACAUGAAGGAACUGUCGCUGCUCUACAAGCACAAGCAAAAGCGACACCACUAUAUACCGAGGAGGUCGGAGAGUGGGGAUCCCAAGUUUAUCUGCGAACUGUGCGGCAGUGCGUUCGACAAGAUGACGGAUAUCCAGGAACACGGCAGGGAGCAGUGCUCCAAGUUUCCCUGCGACAUAUGCGGCAGCCUGUUGCCCACGGCCAAUUCCCUCAACGCUCAUAAAAGGCGUCACAGUGGACUCAGGCCCUACGUCUGCAACAUCUGUGGGAAAAGCUACACCCAGUCCAGUCACAUGUGGACGCACAAGAGAUUCCACAUGGGGGUGAAACCCUAUGCUUGCGAGUAUUGCGAUCAAAGGUUCACAAUAAAACCUGACCUGGCCGACCACACGCGGAAGAAACAUACUAGGGAGAGACCGUUCAAGUGUGACGUUUGCAACAAAGCUUUCCUCACAGGUUCCGUGUUUUAUCAGCACCGGCUGAUUCACAGGGGAGAUCGAAGGUACAAAUGUCACUACUGCGAAAAGGCGUUCACCAGAACCGAGGCCCUCAAUAAUCACAUAAAAAUACAUACAGGAGAAAAACCUCAUGCCUGCGACGUGUGCGGAAGAUGCUUCAGGCAGAAGGGUGACAUGCGUAAACAUCGAAGAACGCAACAUGUUCCUAAACAGGAAGUUGUGUGAUACCUAGUUUAUUGCUAUAGGUUGCCCAGACUCUGAAAUAAAGUUUUUUCCCUACCAUUUC